UUUUCAUUCUUUACAACAGACUCAGAAAACCCUCUCCCAUUUCUCUAUGAUCAUCGAUCAUCAUUUUCCCCAUUUCAUGAUUUUCAUCUAGUACGUAUUAGAUCUUCUCUUCUCUCCCAAUCCACUGAUCCAAAAUGACGAUUCUGCCCUCGUUCCUCAGCCCCGUAACCCUAUGGGGCAUCUACGUCCGCCGCUGCUUCGCCGCCUCCGGCCUCUCUCAGCAGUCCAUGAAGCUCGACGACGACACCACCCUCCACUUCUGGGGCCCCACUACGAAUCACCAAACUACCCCCAGACAAAACCAGAAGCCCUCCCUGGUUCUCAUCCACGGCUUCGGCCCGGCCACAAUGUGGCAGUGGCGGAAGCAGGUCCAGUUCUUCAGUUCCAAGUUCAACGUCUAUGUCCCCGACCUCGUCUUCUUCGGGGGGUCCACCACCACGUCAGCCGACAGGAACGAGACGUUUCAGGCGGCCUCGGUGGCGAAGCUGCUGGAGAAGCUGGGCGUAGAGAGGUUCAGCGUGGUGGGGACCAGCUACGGCGGUUUCGUGGCGUACCACUUGGCCAGGAUGUGGCCGGAGAGAGUUGAGAAGGUGGUGAUCGCCAGCUCGGGGGUCAACAUGAGAGGGAGAGAUAGCGAGGCGUUGCUCAAGAGAGCUGACGUCGACCAAAUCGAAGAACUCAUGCUUCCGGCCACCGCUGCGCAGCUCCACAAGUUGAUGGGUCUUGCAAUGUUUAAGAAAGUUGACAUGAUUCCUCAAUUUUUCUUGAACGACUUCAUUAAGAGACUCUACUCGGACAAAAGAAAGGAGAAGAUGGAACUUCUGAAGGGAGUGACCAUUGGAAGAGAUGACAAAGCAAACGUAUCUCCUCUUCAUGAUAAGGAGGUGUUGAUAGUGUGGGGAGAAAGUGACCAGAUUUUUCCUUUGGAGAUGGCUACUGAAUUGAAGCAGCUACUGGGGACGAAAUCGAGACUGGAGGUGAUCAAGAACACAUCACACAUGCCCCAGAUUGAAGAUUCUGUGCAGUUCAACCACGUUGUACAAAACUUCUUGUGCAAGGACUGAAAAUCUGAAACAGAGGGAGGUUUUGGGCUGGGCUAACGGAUGCGCUGGUGUUAGAUCCAUUUUACGAUUUUUGUUACAGCAUUAUAUCCCUUUUCUAAGCUCGGCUGGACUUUUAUUGGCUCUUAGUAUAAGUUGGGCUGGUAUCCAAGAGUAGAUUCUAAUUAUUUUGAGAUUUAGAUGUAAUAUACCUAUUUUAUAAGUAGAAAAAAAUUGGA